ACUCUUUGGUAUCUAUCCGGGUAUCCGGUGAUCGUUUUAUGAAUUUUAUAUUUAUUUUCUUAGUUAAUCAGUGAAUAAUCAGUAUAAUAUUUUCUUUGUAUAUGUUAUUUAAGCAAUCUUAAAUUAAACUUGCCAGUAAAUGCAUGGAUUUAGUAAGUACUUAAAAAGAUAAAAAAAAUAAGCGUGUGUGCAUUCUGCUGUGAAUGUUUCAGUUGUUUGUGUUGUGUUGGUGAGGUUGUGACGGGCGAAUGGAUGAAAUGUGGUAGAAGUGUUUUCAAGAUAUCUUUAAUAUCACUGGCAGAAACAAAAAGAAGUCUUCUCGUUUUUGAAAGGUAAUUUCGUGUAUCUUUUAUAUUCUAGGUGUGUAAUACAUGGAAUAGUAACGGGCAGCUUAAAUUACGCUUGCAGUGCGGAGCAUUUGCCGAGGAGUUUCGUAAAAAGUACAUAAGCUGUUCGAUUUCUGGAUGAAAUAAAUUUCUUGUAUCUGUUGCGUACUCGGAGGCUACUAUUUCUUGAAUUGGGUCAUUGCUGAGUCGAAAAAAAUAUAUUUAUCGGAUAACGCCAGCUUACAAGAUGGCCGCCUGUUAUUCGUAAGAUAAUGUCCGGUGCAUCUGGUUCAUCAGGAGGUGGUACGGGUCGCGGCCGAGGAGGAGCAGGCUCCAGUAACACAGUAACUGACAGCAAACCGGAAUCUAAAGAAAAUAAACCCAACUCAAAAAUGUCAAAAGCACUUGGCACUUCCGCUAAGAGAAUUCAGAAGGAGCUUGCAGAAAUCACAUUGGAUCCACCACCGAACUGUAGUGCUGGACCAAAGGGAGACAAUCUGUAUGAAUGGGUUUCUACAAUUUUGGGACCACCUGGUUCAGUGUAUGAGGGUGGAGUUUUCUUCCUGGACAUCCAUUUUUCUCCAGAGUACCCUUUCAAACCUCCCAAGGUUACAUUCCGAACUAGGAUAUAUCAUUGUAACAUCAACAGCCAAGGUGUGAUAUGCUUAGAUAUAUUAAAGGACAACUGGUCUCCGGCAUUAACAAUAUCAAAAGUUUUGCUCUCCAUUUGUUCCUUGCUUACAGAUUGUAAUCCAGCGGACCCGCUAGUCGGUAGUAUUGCGACACAAUAUCUACAGAACAGGGAGGAGCACGAUCGCAUCGCCCGCCUCUGGACCAAGCGUUACGCGACAUGAUUGCAUUGCCCACGCACAACCGCCAAGGAACAACUUAAAGUAUCAUACUCAAUACCAUUCUGUUUUAAAUCCAUCCUGUUCACGUAAUUAUAAUACUUACAAUGUUAUUCAGAUGUCCAUACAAUAUUUUCUGCAUUAUAUUUCGUGCAUAUUUUAAUAUCGGAGUUUUCAAUGUACUAGUAUACUGCAGAAAACAUAUAUUCUAUUUUAUGGCUUAUUAAUAUUUUGUUGCAAUGAACGUGUGAUGUCUGUAUGGUUCAGAUAUUCCAUCUGGAAUCUUUUAAGUGGAAGGUUUUUAGUUACAUACUGAUUGGUUUUCGUUGAUGUUUCUUUUAUACGGAUAUGAAAAUGGUGAUAAUAAUCUAUCUUAAUGCAUUGUAUAUUAAAUUACUUUGGAUAAUGUUAACUCUUGCUCCUAUGUAAUUAGAGAGAUUUAACAUGUUUUGAUUAUCUUAUAAUUUGAGUUGAGGUAUGUAUGUAAACAUUAUUAUUAGAUAUAACCAGUGAAUUGAGUCAAUUUUGCCGCAGCAAACUGCGUUGAUCUCAAACACUAGUAACAAUUUUAAGUAUCUGCUGUGACCUAUUAAAAUAAUAUUUGGGAAUAAAUUAAAUUGACUGUAAAAAAAGUUUUUGAUUUGGAGUUAUUUUUGAGUAAAAAUUUUUUUCACUGGUUCUGAUGUCUGGUAUUACCUUGUUUUGUAAAAUGUUUGCGACCUUUUUGACCUGUCUCAAUAGACUAUUAUACGAACCAAAAUGAGUCAAACCAACAUUAAUUUUCCAUUUGCAGUCACUAGCCUCGUUACCUGUUAUUAAAAAAUUUGAAGCAUUUAUUACGAUACAUAAAUCACCGACUUGGAUAUGCUGCCAACAAUUCUACCGCUAUUGCUGUUAUAUCGAUAUUUCUC